UAUGUUGCCCGGCAAAAAGAAAGGUUGCCACUGGCAACUUUUAUGCAAUAAAACAUUAACAUUUAGGAAGUUCAGCUCAAUAUAAUAGUACGUGGCAAAAAUUUUAAAGCUUUAUUAAUUUCAGCGACCACAUCUUUUUAACAUAUUUUAGAAGAUAUGGCAUACCGUACUUGUUUUACAAAAUUUACUUCUCAAUUGAAAUCAUUUGGUAUUAGUAGGAAUUUUAGUACUUCAUUUAUCAGAAAUAGAGCAAAGCUGAUAGAUGGUAAAAGUAUAGCUGAUGAAAUUCAAUUGGAAUUGAAAAAUGAAUUGAAGGAGUGGACAAUGAAAGGAAAUUGCACACCUCGAUUGACUGCAAUCCUAGUAGGGGAUGAUCCAGCCAGUAAAACUUAUGUCAAGAACAAGAUGAGGGCUGCAAAAACAGUUGGUAUUGAAACUGAGGUUACAAACGUGCCAAAUUCAAUAUCAGAGAAAGAACUUAUGAAUCACAUUGAAGAUUUGAAUAGCAAGGAAGAUGUCCAUGGUAUACUAAUACAGUUGCCGUUACCAAGUCACAUCGAAGAGAGGAAAGUAUGCAACGCUGUUAGCCCUUCCAAGGAUGUAGAUGGUUUCCACAUAUUCAAUGUGGGACAGUUCUGUUUGGAUAUGGACGCUGUAGUCCCUUGCACGCCUCUAGCUGUACAGGAGCUCAUCAAGAGAACUGGAAUAGACACAGUUGGUAAAAACGCAGUCGUUUGUGGUCGAUCUAAGAAUGUUGGUCUUCCUAUAGCCAUGCUGUUACAUGCUGAUGGAAAAGGAGAAACUAAUGCUAUGGAUGCUACAACAACGAUUUGCCAUAGGAACACACCACCUGACCAGCUUGCCACUUUUACCAGAUUAGCCGAUAUUAUUGUUACAGCAACAGGUAUCCCAAAUCUAAUAAAGGCAGAUAUGGUAAAGAAGGGUGCCUGUGUAAUUGAUGUUGGAAUCACUCGUGUGCUGGAUAAAGAAAGUGGAAAACAUAUCUUAGUCGGGGACGUCGAUUUUGAAGGUGUAAAAGAGGUUGCUGGAUACAUUACACCAGUUCCUGGGGGUGUUGGACCUAUGACGGUGGCCAUGCUUAUGAAGAACACAUUGAAAGCUGCCAAACGUCAUUCACUGCAGAAAGCAAAUUGAUGAUUCAUCAUUUUCUCACUACAUCUGCCUUAUUGUUCUAUUUACAUAAUGUACUAUUAUUUAAGGGCAACAGUAUUUUUUAACAAAUAUUAGUGAAACUAAUAUUUACUUAUGUUACAUUCCUACUGUUAUGUUAAGUUGUAACACUAGCAUCGAAUGUUACAUUCCUCAUGUUGUGUCAAGUUACAUCUAUAAAUUACACCGAACAAAGUUACAGAGUUUGAAGGUUUGAAAAGCUGCGUUUGACUUAUAAUGUUACAAUAGUGACUUAGUUACACAAUGGCAUUGCAGAAUUAGAAUAUUACAUUUUAGUAUUUAAUUAGAGUAUUACAUUUGAUUUGCAAUAUUGGUGAUUCAAAAAGCUAAAUUUUGAAAGCUGAGCUAGUCAAGCAUUGAACUUGUGUAAGAAUUGUAUGCAAGUUAUAAAACUAAUAUUGCAGUAUUUUUAAUGAAAUACAUUUACAGUAUAUAAAAAUUAAUACAGAUUCAGUAUUUAUUAAAUAGAUACAGUAUUUGUUCUUUAGCUUUCUUGGUAUAUAAACAAUUUUAUAUACCUUAUAUUAUUAUUAUAUAUUAUUCACAAGUUUAUACUUUCUACAGUAUAUAAAACUUAAUACAGAUUCAGUAUUUAUUAAAUAGAUACAGUAAUUGUUCUUUAGCUUUCUUAUGGAAAUAAUUAGUUUUAAAAAGUUGAAAACGCAAAGUUUGUGUACUUAUAUUUAUAAUUGGAAUGUCCAGUUUGAACCAAUCCAGUAUGUUUCAUUGAUAUAUUAUUGUCACAUUUUUCUCUUCAGAAAAUGAAUACUAUCCACUCAUUAAUUUAACUCUAUAUGUUUAUUGAUAUGGUAAUCAAAUUAUU